UGGUCAUAGGAGGCUUGUUGGUGGUAGGCAAAUGACAGCUAUAAACAAGGUCCGUCCGGUGAGGCUCAGGCACGCUGAGGAUCACUAAACGGUGAAAGCAUCUUCGAAGAGUAAAGAGAGGGGCUCAAAGUAAGCGAUACUCUACAACCCUCACCCAACCAGACGAUGAGGAGUAAAGGCUCAGCCCAAUGUGGGCUGGUCCUGCUGAGUUUAUGGCUGUGUAUCCAGUCAGUGCCUAUCAGUGUGGACAAGGCCCAAAAGAAGCCUGAGGCGGAGGAACUGGAGCCACCCAAGAGCGCUGAUACCGGGCUGCAUUAUGACCGCUACCUCAGAGAAGUCAUUGAGUACCUCGAGAAAGAUCCACACUUUAGAGAAAAGCUAAAAAACACCAAUAUGGACGACAUCAAGCAAGGCAAACUUUCCAAAGAGUUGGACUUUGUCCACCACAAUUUUCGGACUAAGCUGGAUGAGCUGAAGAGGGAGGAGAUGAACAGACUGAGGAUGCUCAUCAAAGCCAAACAUGACAUUCAGGAAGGAAAUGGACAUGCAGUGGACCACCAGGCCCUGCUGAAACAGUUUGAACACCUCAACCAUAUGAACCCAGACACAUUCGAGGUGGAGGACCUGGACAACCUUAUCCAAUCGGCCACCAAAGACCUGGAGAACUUUGACAAGGACCACCACGAUGAGUUCAAGAAGUACGAGAUGAUGAAGGAGCACGAGAGGAGGGAGCGCCUGAAGCACAUGAACGAGGAAGACCGCAAGAAGGAAGAGCAGCACUAUGAGGAGAUGAAGAAGAAACAUGCCGACCAUCCCAAAAUUAACCACCCUGGCAGUGAGGACCAACUGAAAGAGGUAUGGCAGGAGGCAGAUGGUUUGGACCCAGAGGACUUUGAUCCCAAGACAUUCUUCAAAAUGCAUGACAGCAAUGGGGAUGGCUUCUUUGAUGAGAGUGAGCUUGAAGCUCUCUUCACUAAAGAGCUGGAGAAGGUGUACAACCCUGAAAAUGAAGAGGAUGACAUGGUCGAGAUGGAGGAAGAGAGGCUGCGUAUGAGAGAGCACGUUAUGAACGAGGUAGACACCAAUAAGGACAGACUCGUGUCGCUGAGCGAGUUCAUGGCAGCCACUAAGAAGGAGGGCUUCAACGAUAAAGACGAGUGGGAGACCAUAGAUCAAAACCCCUUUUACACCGAGGAGGAGCUGAGGGAGUACGAAAUGCAACUGGCCAACGAGGAAAGCGACAUCAACGAGAAGUCAGUGGAGCUGCAGAAGCAGAGGGAGGAUCUCGAAAGAAAACAAGAAGAACUGAAUGCUCAGAAGUUGGGGCUAAAGCAGGCAAUGGAAGAAAUGGAGAGGUUGAAAGCUGAUAAUGCGAAAACUGUUGGAAAUCCUCCUGUACCUGGAGGCGAACCAGCACCAGUCGUACCAGCAAACAGUCAACCACUGCCCCCUGGUCACCAGCAGCAAGACGUACCAGUGCUAGGUCACUCUUAGCAGACCUCGCCCCUCUGUGUGCUGUAUGAGUGGAUGUGCGUGUGCGUUUACAUUCUAAUGAUUGAAUUUUUGCGUUGUUUAGGAUUUUCCAAGCACAUAUCUAGUAUGUGUAAACAUUAAAAAAAACAAACUCUGAUUUCAUGCUUCAGACUUAGUGCCAAUGACGCCCUUCCAUUUAUGGGCCAAAUCAGCUGAGUGAGCAAGACUUGAAAUGUGGAGCCGGUCCAGUUUUCUACGUGGACAAUCAGCCCUUUUGUUUUUUUUUUUUUGUCCUUUUGAUCUUUUGUCACAACAAGGACUCUGUUCUCCGUGGGAAGUUCUCUGAGGUGGAAUGGGGAGGGCUGCUGGCCUGAUAACUGAAUGUCUUGUUUUGUGCACACUGUAGAUUAUCGUCUUCAACAGGAAAUACUCUGAAAAUGUAUUUAUUUUUAUGAUUAAGAGAGACAGAAAAAAAUAAUGUCAGAAGAGUAGCUUCAGAAGUGAUGCAAUCACAUUUACAUUAAGAAGUUUUAUAAUCCCAUAAAAUGCAUUUUCCUUCAGUAUAAGCUAUGUCAGAGGAUUGCAGGAUGGAAUUAUCACAUGAAGUUACACAUAUUUAAAUCUCUUAGUAUUUUUAUUUUUAAUUUUGCUGGUGUUAGAGUGAGAGCUGUGUGAAUUUUAAAGUGAUUUGUGUUUGUGUAUGCUUUGUGUGUCUAUGUGAUCCAUCUUUUAAUUUAAAGUACUGUCCAUUUAUUUAUUGAUUUUCAUUCAUUUAUUGGUUGAUUCAUCAAUUAUUUUUAUGCCUCUUACAAAAACAACUCUGGAUCCCGAUGUACCUGCCUGCCAGUCUAAUUUCGUUCAUGUCCCUUUAAAACAAACAGUAUCCAACCAAUGUCCUGUGUAAUGUAGGCACCGAAAUGUUGUUCAAGGUCUGAAUGUUGACAGUAAAGUGAAUGAACUUGCAA